AUGGGAUGUUGUAUAUCGGCAAAUCAACAUAGACCUGGUAAUGGAGGGGGGUAGGUGGUGAACAAUCGACCUGGUGCUGGAUAAAUCCUCCCACCAGAGCCUACUAAAAUUAAACAGCCCAGAAAGAUUAAUGAUCAACUAACAAAUGACUAGAAGAAAUUCAUAAUUGAAUUCCAGCCUAAGUAUGUCUGGGAUCAUAGAGCCCUGUAUAAGAUAUUUGCAAACUAUCCCAAGACAAAUCAUAUGACUAUAGUCUUAGAUCGGAGAUUGGGCUUUAGCCAAGAAAAAUAUCAGGACUCUAUUGAUUAAAAAACAAUUCUGCAUACAAAAUAUGAACUUAAGUAAGCCUAGAAUGAUUUGGUAGUACUGAAACUCUCAUUUAAUUAGUAGUGCAAGUUUAAAAAUCUUUCUCAAACUCUAGCAGAAACGCACCCAACAUUAAAUAAUAACGAAUAAAUGAUCAAGAAUAUUCUGAGAAAAAUGAUAGAUUUUCUUGACGACAAUUAGCAUAUGAAUGCAUGUUUCAAUUUUAAUCCCGACCAGAUUCUUGUAUUCAAAGAUGAAGAUAACUAAAAUAUGGUUUUACAGCCCUAGAUACUUAUCGAGAUGGAUGAUGAGAAGUAGGACAAGAAUGAAGUUUUGAAAGUGAGGUGGAAUAUUACGAUUGACAAAAUUGACAGAGAAAAAAUUGAAGGCGAUACUAUACAGCUCCAAAAUAAGCUAAGUCUUGCCUUGCUCAUGUAUCAUAUAGAGACUGAUGGUUUUGUUCCUUACACGCUCCCAAAAUAGUAUGUAGAAAUUUUGACCAACAUUGAAAAGCGAACUAAAUAUUUGGCUAGUUUUCAGAUUAAUAAUGAACCAAUCUAUUUCAAAUUCUUAAUCUAGAAUAUUUUGAAACCGUACCAUCAACUUUAAAAAGAACUUCAGAAAGUACCCUCUAAUAAUAAUGAUAAGAAAUAUGAAAAAAGUAGAAUCUUGGAUUAAGUUUAUACAAAGAGAGUCUAAUAAAUUUUCAUAGAUGAGAUUCUUCAAAUAUAUGCGAGCAUUUAGAAUUAGGAAAGGUAAUAACGAUUGGUGGAAUUAUUUAUGAAUUAAGUUAGAUUGAAUAAUGAGGUUGAGCUUACUGUCGAUGAAAUUGAUUAAAUUCUAAAGGUAAUAGACCUUGACUAGGAGCAUUUGAAUUAGAAAUUUGAAAAGUUCAGAACUAACGAAGUUUAGAAUAAACUAAGAAUAGUUAAUAAGAGAGUAUUUUAUCUGCAAAUUCUCAGCUGGAUUGAGACUUUCGAUAAGAUUGAAAGCUAUAGAAAUAAGCUGUGA